AUGAACUCAGAAAUCACACUCGCUGAGGCACCACCUCCCCCAUAUAGCUCGUUCAGCAAUGGCAUGAAAAGAUACAUUGUAUUUACAGCUGCUGGAGCGGGUUUCUUUUCUUCUCUUUCCGCACAGAUUUACUUCCCGGCUCUGAACACACUGGCUGAAGAUUUGAACGUCUCGACGUCGUUGAUCAAUUUGACAGUAACGAGCUACAUGAUCUUCCAAGGAAUUGCUCCUAUGUUCAUCGGUAAUUUUGCCGAUCAGACUGGACGUCGACCCGCCUAUAUAAUUUGCUUCAUCAUCUACAUCGCAUCGAAUAUCGGUCUCGCAGUGCAAGACAACUAUGCUGCGUUACUUGUACUGCGAUGUAUGCAGAGCUCUGGAAUCAGCAGCAGUGUAGCGCUCUCCGCUGCUACUGUGGCCGAUGUCAGCACCAAGCAAGAACGAGGCUCAAUGAUGGGUAUUGUGAUGGCUGGAAACUUUAUGGGACCAGCCAUUGGCCCCAUCAUCGGUGGUCUUCUUGCUCAAUAUCUCGGUUGGAGGUCUAUUUUCUGGUUUCUGACCAUUGUGUCCGGGGUCUAUUUAAUUCCACUGCUUUUAUUUCUUCCCGAAACUGCACGCAAUGUUGUUGGUGAUGGUACACUUCCAGCGCAGUCAUGGAAUCGUCCCUUCGUCCAGUAUCUGUUCUCUCGCGAGAAAGUGACCGAAACCCUGUCUCAUGCCAGCACGGAGGGUUCUGAUCGGCCCUCAACUGGUAAAUCGACUCUGAAGCCCCUGCACAAACUCAGUUUCCCCAACCCACUUAAACCACUUGCGGUUGUAUGCCAUCCAAACUCGAUCAUUAUUCUGAUCGUCACUGGUAUUAUCAUGGGCGGCAACAUGACUGUCCUCUCGUCGAUCACAGAGAUCUACAGCAGCCAAUAUAAUUUGAGUAUGCUUCAAAUUGGCCUCUGCUACAUCACUUUGGGCACCGGGUCAAUUGUGGCCUCUGUCACUACGGGGCGAAUGCUAGACUGGAACUAUCGACGGAUGGGAUCUGAACUAGGCAAUGAUUCCACCACGGGGGAAAAGAAUUCCGAAGACGCGAUCCCGGUCGAGAAAGCUCGCAGCAUGAUCACCAUACCUCUUGUCAUUAUGGGAAGUGUUACCGUACUUGCGUUUGGCUGGGUCCUCCAAUACGCAGCGCCUUUGGCGGCUCCAGAAGUUUUACUUUUCUUUGUUGGAGUCGGACAGACAGGCGGGUUUAUUAGCACCUCCACAUUACUGGUGGAUCUGCACACGUCGCAACCUGCCGCCGCAACUGCGGCCAACAACCUUGUUCGUUCGUUUUUCUCAGCCGGUGCGUCGGCUGCCAUCGACCCCAUGCUGAAAGCUAUGGGCCGAGGGUGGUCUUUCACGCUGGUAGCGUUCAUUUUACUAAGUACUAUUCCUUUCCUUCUAUUGCUCUGUGGUUUCUGGAGAUUUAAAAAGACUCCCAAGAAUGAAGAGGCCUCGAAAGCUUGA